AUGGCGGUCACUCGCGGCUGCAGGCCUGAUCAGGAGAAGCGCACGCUGGAAGACAGGCCUGCCUAUGCAUUCUUGCAAAACUGCCGCCAACAAACUCUUGAUGGUCUCGCAGGCUUCUUUCGGGACCCAGGAGACAGAAUGGGCGAGAUUUUGGAAUUGACGCCGGCGGAGGUGAAGCCGUGUGCGCAUGGGACAGAAAAUGAGGAGGAUGACUCGCACAAGAUUGGGGAACUUCCAAGCACUGCAAUAUGUGGCAAUGACAUCACUGCCAGUUGCUUCUACGUUAUUGGUGAGCUCUCCAAGAAUGCUGGCGUGUAUUCACCUGUUUGUACCAUUUUGUCUUCCCUGACAUUGUACUGCUUCCGCAGCGUCUACGGCGAGGUCGUGACAGCCCUGCCCCUCAAUGGAGGGAUCUACAAUCUUCUGCUGAAUUCAUCCACCAAACAGACCGCAUCUGUUGCAGCCUGUCUCACCAUCCUGUCGUACACAGCCACCGGGGUGGUUUCUUCAGUCAGUGCAGCAGAUUACCUGAAGUGCUCGCCGAUGUUUGCCUCAAUUGAAAGCGUGCCUACGGCUAUUUGCAUCCUGGGCUUUUUUGCCGGAUGCAUGCUGAUGGGAAUGCAGGAGAGCUCAGCCGUGGCUUCGAUGCUUUUCGUCUUUCAUCUGUCCGUCCUAUUCGUUCUUGGGACGUUCUGCGUCAUCUUCUUGCAGGAUGCAGGGCUGGGUCAGCUGUACGACAACCUGAUUUGGGAGAGGCAGCCACCUUUCUGGAGCUCCAUCUUCUUUGGCUUCUCCUCAGCAAUGCUUGGAGUCUCCGGUUUCGAAACAUCUGCCAAUUUCGUCGAAGAGCAGAAGCCAGGCGUGUUCCCAAAAACGCUGAGAAAUAUGUGGAUGAGUGUCUCGGUGAUCAACGUUCUUCUGCCCAGCCUUGCUGUGGCUGUGCUUCCUUUGGAUGACUUGACGGGUGAGAGAUCUGGAUACGCCUUGGCAUAUCUUGCAGAACGCGUUGCUGGACCUUUCUUGCGCGACGUUGUUGCAAUUGAUGCACUUCUUGUGCUUGCUGGAUCCGUUCUGACUAGCUACGUGGGAGUGGUUGGACUGUUUCAGAGAAUGGCUGGAGACAGGUGUCUGCCGGAGUUUUUCAGCGAGACAAAUUCUUGGAGGAACACCCCGCACUAUACCAUUCUGGUCUUCUUUGCUGUAUGCUCGUCAAUGUGUGUCAUGCUGAACGGUGACAUCACCUUGCUAGCCGCCAUCUACUCCAUCUCCUUCCUGCUCGUCAUGGGUUUGUUUGCCUUCUGUGGACUCUGGCUCAAAAUCAAUCGGCCAACUUUGCCGCGCGUCAUCAAUGCCCAUCCAGCUUUCUUCGUGUGUGGCUUGCUGCUGGUGAGCUUUGCAUUCACCGCUGUAGUUCUGCUGCACCCCCAGAUGCUGACGUAUUUCUACAUCUACUACGGUAUCACAACGACCAUGGUGAUGCUGACUUUUGCGCGUGUUUCGAUUUUCAGAGCAUUCUUGAAUUUGAUGAAGCAGUCAAAGGCAGUCCGAUUUGUUAUUCAGUGGUUUGUGCGAAGAGACAUUGCCCAUGAGUGGGUGCAUCAGAAGCUCAAGAACCUGCAGAACCAAGGAGUUGUGUACUUCACGAAACGGGCAAGCAUGAGCCAGAUCAACCGAGCUUUGCAGUACAUCGAGCAAAACGAGGAAGCCAGAUGGGUCAAGGUCAUCCAUUGCUAUACAGACAGGGAGCCGGUUCCGGAGAACCUCCAAGAGUACGUCCAGAUUUUGGACUGUGUAUAUCCUCGCCUUCGCGUGGACUGCAUUUUGGUGAAAGGCGAGUUUAGCCCAGCGAUGGUAAUGUAUGUAUCGAAGCGAAUCAAUGUCAAAGUCAACUGCAUGUUCAUCAAUUGCCCAAAGCAUGAUUUUAAGCAUCCACUGGACAGAAUGGGUGGUGUUCGCGUCAUUCUGAAUUCUGAGAAGCCAGACCCGUUUGAGAUGGGUGCUG